CGCUGAGAUUGUAAUGCAACGGAGCCCAAUCGAGCUCAGAUUAUGCCAUCUCAACUCUUCCUUCCAGAGCAUGCGGACCUGAGGACCACAUAAACGGCAUGGGCACAGACGCAACGCCGCAUCACUCACACCGAAACCUCUUGUAGGCAGGAAUUGUAUUUUCUUCAGUCACUUCAGAUGGCAGAUCUUGAACAAGAAGGAGCAGCUUCUCCCCGAGCCCAGCAGCUCUUCUGAACGCGAGGGAUCGGAUCUGAGAAAGCGCAGGUGUGCCCGGGGUGCUUACAGAUGCCCUUGUGCUUCUUUCUAAAGGGGAUAGUAUCAGGAUUACCAGCAGAUGUAAACUGAAGGACACUUCUGAUAGGUACUGGCGAGGAAGAAGGGGGGAAAAAGCUGCAAACUGUGAGAAUCGGGAGCUUGCGCGCAAGGCUCAACAUAUCACUGGAUUCUACAUUUAUACCUCAAGAAAAAUGUCAUCUCAGACGAAGAUUAAGAAGGACAAGGAGAUCAUAGCGGAGUAUGAAACGCAAGUGAAAGAGAUCCGUAAUCAGUUGGUGGAGCAGUUCAAGUGCCUGGAGCAGCAAUCAGAGGCUCGGAUCCAGCUGUUGCAGGACCUGCAGGAGUUUUUUCGACGCAAAGCUGAGAUUCAACUGGAGUAUUCUCGCAGUCUGGAGAAACUGGCUGAAAGGUUCUCAUCAAAGAUUCGCGGCCCGAGGAAAGAACAACACCUUCUCUCUUCAGUAAACUGCUGGUAUCUGGUUUUGAACCAGACUCGAAGAGAAAGCAGAGAUCAUGCCACACUUAAUGAUAUCUACAUCAACAAUGUCAUCGUUCGCCUGGCUCAGAUCAGCGAGGAUGUCAUCCGGCUCUUCAAAAAGAGUAAAGAAAUUGGCAUUCAGAUGCACGAGGAGCUGGUGAAAGUGACAAACGAGCUGUACACUGUGAUGAAGACGUAUCACAUGUAUCACACGGAGAGCAUCAGUGCAGAAAGCAAGCUGAAGGAGGCCGAGAAACAAGAGGAGAAACAGUUUAGCAAAUCUGGAGACCUCAACGUCAAUCUCCUGCGCCAUGAGGACCGACCCCAGCGCCGCAGCUUGGUCAGGAAGAUUGAGAAGAUGAAGGAGAAGAGGCAAGCCAAGUACUCCGAGAACAAACUGAAAUGCACUAAAGCCCGCAACGACUAUUUAUUGAACCUGGCAGCCACCAACGCCGUCGUGGCGAAAUAUUACAUCCACGAUGUUUCGGAUAUGAUUGAUUGCUGUGACCUCGGAUAUCAUGCUAGCUUGGCGCGCACAUUAAGGACGUAUCUGUCUGCUGAGUAUAACCUGGAGACCUCUCGCCAUGAGGGUCUGGACAUCAUUGAAAACGCUGUGGACAACCUGGACCCUCGCAGUGACAAGCACAAAAUCAUGGACAUGUACAAUCAGGUCUUCUGCCCGCCCAUGCGCUUUGAGUUUCUGCCGCACAUGGGAGAUGAGGUGUGCCAGGUGAGCGCUCAGCAGCCCGUCCAGACUGAACUUCUGAUGCGUUACCACCAGCUGCAGUCCCGCUUGGCCACGCUCAAGAUUGAGAAUGAGGAGGUGCGCAAGACCCUGGAUGCCACCAUGCAGACCUUACAAGACAUGCUGACAGUGGAGGACUUUGAUGUAUCAGAUGCCUUCCAGCACAGCCGAUCCACGGAGUCCAUCAAAUCCGUGGCUUCCGAGAGUUACAUGAGCAAGUUAAACAUUGCUAAGAGACGAGCCAAUCAACAGGAGACAGAAGUCUUCUACUUCACUAAAUUCAAGGAGUACCUGAAUGGCAGUAACCUCAUCAUUAAGCUGCAGGCCAAGCAUGACCUGCUGAAACAGACUCUGGGGGAAGGAGAAAGAGCCGAAUGUGGAACUACAAGACCCCCAACCCUUCCCCCGAAACCACAGAAAUUGCGGAAACCAAGGCCUCGUUCCAUCUAUAACCAUAAGCUGUUUAACGGCAAUAUGGAGAGUUUCAUUAAGGAUUCAGGUCAACCCAUUCCUCUGGUGGUGGAGAGCUGUAUACGAUACAUUAAUCUAUAUGGGCUGCAACAACAAGGCAUAUUCCGAGUUCCUGGAUCUCAGGUGGAAGUCAACGAUAUUAAAAAUUCAUUUGAAAGAGGUGAGGACCCACUGGUUGAUGAUCAGAGCGAUCGUGACAUCAACUCUGUGGCUGGUGUUCUCAAGCUGUAUUUCAGAGGGCUGGAGAACCCUCUGUUCCCCAAGGAGCGCUUCCUGGAUUUGAUCUCCACCAUCAAGCUUGAAUCAUCUGCGGAAAGAGCCCACCACAUCCAGCAGAUCAUCAUCACCCUUCCUCGUACCAUCAUCAUCGUCAUGAGAUACCUGUUUGCUUUUCUAAAUCAUCUGUCCCAGUACAGUGAUGAGAACAUGAUGGACCCAUAUAACCUUGCCAUCUGUUUUGGACCCACUCUGAUGCCCAUCCCGGAUGCCCAGGACCCUGUGGCCUGCCAGGCUCAUGUUAAUGAGGUCAUCAAGACCAUCAUCAUCCACCACGAGGUCAUCUUCCCCAGCCUGCGUGAGCUGGACGGUCCUGUCUAUGAGAAAUGCAUGACUGGAGGAGAGGAGUACUGUGACAGCCCUCACAGUGAACCAGGCACCAUUGAUGAAGCGGACAACUGCACCGAACCACACACGAGCGAUGAUGAGGUGGAGCAGAUUGAAGCCAUUGCAAAAUUUGAUUACAUGGGUCGGACUCCUCGCGAGCUGUCCUUCAAAAAAGGCGCAUCCCUUUUGCUGUAUCAUCGCGCAUCUGAGGAUUGGUGGGAGGGCCGACACAAUGGGGUUGACGGCCUCAUACCUCACCAGUACAUAGUAGUACAAGACUUGGAUGAUGCGUUCUCUGAUAGUCUGAGUCAGAAGGCUGACAGCGAGGCCAGCAGUGGACCUUUACUGGACGAUAAAGCCUCAUCUAAAAACGAUCUGCAGUCCCCAUGUGAACCUUCACCUGAUUACAAUUUUGGCGGGGUCAUGGGCCGGGUUAGGUUGCGUUCGGACGGGUCUGCCAUUCCUCGGCGCCGCAGUGGCACUGACUCUCACAGUCCUCCCCGAGACACACCGCCACGGGCCGCUGCCUGUCCCAGCAGCCCCCACAAGGUGAUGGUCAGUAGGGGCCACAUAGAGAGUCCUGAAAAGAGGCGUUUGGGAACCUUUGGCAGUGCAGGCAGCAUUAACUACCCUGAGAGAAAGGUCUAUCCUGAGGGUCACCCACUCAGGCCUGUACCAGGAGCAACAAGACACAGCAGCCUAGGAGACCACAAGUCCUUGGAGGCUGAGGCUUUAGCAGAGGAUAUUGAGAAGACAAUGAACACGGCACUUCAUGAGCUCCGUGAAUUGGAACGCCAAAACACAGCCAAACAAGCUCCUGACGUUGUUCUGGACACUUUAGAACCGCUCAAGAAGCCUGUUAGCUCAGAGCCAGCGAGCCCCUUACACACCAUCAUGAUCCGAGAUCCGGAUGCAGCCCUGAGACGCAGCAGCAGCUCCACCUCCGAGAUGAUGACCACCUUUAAACCGGCUUUGUCGGCCAGAUUGGCCGGAGCCCAGCUCAGACCUCCACCUAUGAGACCCGUGCGACCCCCACCCACUCAGCACCGCUCCAGCAGCUCCAGCUCCUCUGGGGUGGGAAGCCCUGCUGUGACCCCCACAGAGAAGAUCUUUCCAAAUAACGCGAGCAAUGCUGCAGCUUCCUCUGCCAACUCUGGUGAGAAACCUGGGACCAUGUAGCAGCAGCAGCAGACCCGUGGUGUGGUGUAGCUACCUGCGCUGGUGCUCAUACCAGGAAGGAAGUUCAGGAGUGCUUCUCAUUUCUUUUUGAAUUUAUUAUUUGAGCCUUUGAGAGUUGUUGAAAUGCACAUGGGUCGGAGCUGUGGCCUAGUGGUCUGACAUGUCAAACCUGGUUGCGGAUGAUGUGAGUUGAGUCUGGCUCAGGUGAUUUUCCCAUUCCAGUCCAUUCUU